AUGAGUGUGGAGGAUUCUCCCAGCGUCUUUAUGGACUGCGCAGUGGCGCUGGUAAAUGAGCUGAAUAAUGAGAGGCCCACGCCAUUGGCCAAGCAGACCGAGGCAGUGCAUCUCUUCCUGUCCAUGCUGGCUGACACCAAGGUCCAGCUGCCGCCGGCAGAAUGUAGGGACCUGCUUCAGCAGCUGCUGGCCAAGGCUGACCCCAAGAGCCUGCACGGCAGCUGGACGGCGUUGCUGCCCAUGUCGGACUUGCUGCGCGUGCGGCAUGCCGCGGCCGCCACCAUAGCAACUCUUUUGGAGGGUCCAACCCAGCGGGCCUACUUGGCGGUAGCAGAGGCGCGAGAGAUGGAACGGCUGCACGUUAGGGGCUUCAUCACCCUAUCGGCCAGCCUGGGCCAGAUGCUGGUGGCGCUUCACCAGGCACUUCUGUACAGCAUCCGGCAUGAGCACGACCCUCUGACCCUGGCUGCCACGUUGCGUGCACUGGGCACAUUGCUGCUGGGUGCCCCCUACCAUCGCCUGCCUCCACAGCUGCUGCCGCUGUGUCUGCUGUUUGCCUAUGCGGGCUGCCAGCAGUCAGCGCUACAGCUAGAGGCAGUGAUGGCGCUACGGGGACUGGUGCAGCAGCAUACGGCGCUGGUCCAAGACUACUGGGAGCUGGAGUGCCCCAAUUUCCGCAGCCGAGCCCUGGCGGCAGCAGCCUUGCAGCAGCUGAGCAGCACGGCCGUGCGGCUGCAUGGCGGGGAAAGGCUGGUGCAGGUGCUAGAUGUGGCGGCGGCCGUGCUGUUCCAAGGCAAGCACUCUGGGUUCAGCGUUGCGGCGGCUGCAGCGCCGCCCAAUCAUCACUCGGACCAGUAUCAGUAUCGAGCACGGCGGCCGGAGCCAGCGGAGCUGGGGGCUAAGGCACAGCUUGAGGCGGCCUUGGUGGCGGCGGUGCUGCACAUGCUGGCGCUGCUCCCCGCUGUUGCAUGUGGGGCUGGUGGUGCCGGCGUCGAGGGGACGGUGUGGCCCUUGUUGGGGAGAGGCGCCCAGCUGGGGGAUUUGCAGCGCCUCGUGCGGCAGGCGCGCCGGGAACUGCUGGUGGGAAACACGGAGGAGCGGCGGCAUGGAGAUCUGCUAGAGCAGGCAGCGGAAUUAGCAGCGAUGGGAGCAGCACGAGCGGAGUUUGGUUGGGGCCUGUUCGACCUGUCGCAAGCAUCGGCCGAGCUGACGGCAGCUGCCGCCUGCGGGCUCGCGCUGCUGGAAGGCUACUAUGGUGCCAGCGCGGAGUGGCUCGGCAUCCUGCCAGAACUGCGGCACCCGGCGCUGGAUGCGGCCUGCCCGCUUGUGCCCGCAGACCCAGAUGAGGGCACACAAGAGGUGGAAGCCGUGGAGGCAGCCCCCACAGUUCUGGCGCUGGUGGAUGCGUGCUGGGAGGAGGAAGGGGCCCUGGAUGCAGUGAAGAGUGCUCUGACAGCGGCGGUAGAGGCGUUGCCACCCGUCGGGCGCUUUGGUCUCGUCAGCUUUGGUUCGCAGAUUGCACUGCACCAAGUGUCCCCUAAUGGAGAUGUCAGCGACCGUCUGGUGCUGCAUGAACCCGCCGCUGAGGCAGAGGAAAGCCCUCUCGAGAAUGUAGCACCACUGGGCUCCGUGCUGGCGCCUGUGUGCACUUGCAAGACCGCCAUGCUGGCCGCUAUCGAGGGUUUGGAGGCAGAGCCACCUGCGGGUGGCGGCCGGGAACGGGCCCUGGGUGACACUUUGCGCGCGGUGCUGCGCUGGGUGGCCACAGGUGCGGCAGCUGCCUCAGCUGAUGGUUUUGUGCAGCAGCAGGCUGCUGCUGCUGCGCCGCAGCAGCAAGAAGAACCCGGGCGCGAAGACAGCGGCAGCGAGGAGGGCUUUGGAACCACCACCGGCAGCCUUCUGCCAGCACAGGGGUUUCCCGGCCUGCGCCUGCUGCUCUUCCUGUCCGGCCCACCCAAUGUUGCAGGCGCGGUGGUGGCCCGCAAACCAGCACCAAUUGAUCCGAAAGAGGUUAAAGUGGCAGCAGAGGCAGCAGCUGCGGACGCUGCAAAGAAUUUUGCUGGGCUUGUGCUCGACCCUGCCUACGUUGAGCUCACUGCCUGGGGCGACGCUGCUGCUGCCAGCGUGGAAGCAGCGGCAGCAAAGGCUGCAGCAAGGGCAAAGGCUGCCGCGGAUGCUGCUGCUGCUGCUGGAGACCUCUCACAUGCCACGCCACCAGGCGUGGCGGAGGCAGACCUUGUCAUCCAGGAGGAAGCGCGGGAUUUCUGGGUUGAAGUAGGCGCCGCGGCAGCGGCGUUGGGCAUCAGCGUCGACAUUUUUGCUGCCUGUGCCGGCUGGAUUGGCCUGAAGCUGCUGGAGCCUCUAGCCACCAAGAGCGGCGGCAGCCUACUGCUCUAUAGCUCGCUCGAGGCGGCACCGCUACCGCAGGCAUGCGCUGUGGAUGAUGUCUACAAGAGUGUGACGCAGCCACGCGCCUUUGCAUGCGUAUUGCGCCUGCGCUGUUCACCGGAGCUCCGCCUGGCUAGCUAUUAUGGUCGCUUGACGGCGGACAGGGAGCCAGGCCUGUUCCGGCUGGUAGCCUGUGGCCCGGAGGAUGCAUUUGCCUUUGAGAUGGACCGCACUGAGCAAUACUCCAGUGGGGCAGCCCCUGCCGUGCAGCUCGUGUUGCAGUACAGCAUGCUGCUGCCCGCCAGCCCUGCGGCAGGAGAGGAGCAGGAGGGAGGUAGUGGCGGAACACGGUUUGUGCUAUGCCGUCGCAUGCGCAUCCUCACGGCGGCAGUGCAAAUGGCAUCCACUCCGCAGCAGCUGUAUGAGCACUGUGAUGCCGAGGUCACCACCUGUUUGGUGGUGCACAAAGCGCUGGAGGUGGCGGCGGCCCGGGGCGCCGCUGCUGCCAGGCAGAUGCUGCUGGACUGGCUGGCUGGACUGGCAGCGCGGGUGGCAGACCCAGACGCGCUUUUGUGGCAUCGGCGGCGAGGCGAGACGCCUCCACCGGUCGAGGUGGAUGCCUCCCUGUCAACGGUGGAGGCGCUGCAGCAGCUGCCGCAUGUAGUGUAUGCGCUGCUGCGCGGCCCGCUCCUGCAAGCCACGCCAGUGGCACCAGACCCGACCCUGUUCAGAAUGGCUUCAUCAGCGGGAGCUCACUGGCAUGCACACCCCGAGGCGGCAGCCGCGCUGCAGGCGUUGCUGCAGGUGCUGCCACCGGACGAGGCAACGGUGGCGGUGUGCCCGCAGCUCAGUAGCUGGGCCAGCCCCGACGAGGUGGCCGUGUGGAGGCAUUCGCUGUCAGCAGCAGCCCUGGCAGUGGAGCAGCAGCCCAUAUGGUGCCUGGAUACCUUCCAGCACCUCAUCGUACUGUAUUCUGCCACUGACUUUGGCCUGGUGGGCGGCCCGCCGCCGCCAAUUUUCCCACCCCCCGCUGGCAGCCUCCUACGCCGCACGUUGGCAGGGAUUCGCCAGGUGCGGCGCAGCACCCCGGAGCUGCUGCUGCUGCGCCAGGGCAUCGACGACAUCUCCUUUUUCAAUUCCUUCUUACUCGAGGAUGCGCCAUCACUGCCGCCAGCACCUGCGAUGGGGCCAUUUGGAGGCGACGCCAGCACGGCGGGCCCGGCAGCAGCAACAGAGCAGCGCCAGCUACACCCCCCAAGCUUUGUGUCGUUCCUGGAGUCGGUGGCGGUGGCGGCACAGGAGAUGCUGCGCACUGGCCAGUAA